GGUUACUGGUUAGGCAUCUUAGCGAUUAUCCACGAUUGACGACUAUAGUAAUUACUAAUUAGUAAAUAGUAAUUAGUAGUUAACAAUUAGUAAUUUACUAAUGUCGUUUAUAGUGUUAAUGCUAUUGUAGUUAAUACUUAUUAUUUCUUCAGUGAAUUAAUAUUUUAACCUUAAUCUCAAGUCAGUCUUAAGAUUAGGGAACAUCUGACUGUGAAUUCUCAGUUGUUUUAAUAUUGCUCAUUCAGUUCAGAUUUUUUUGUAUUUAAAUCAUAAUGUGCUUAAUUUGUUGAUAUGUUCGAAUACUGAAACACUUACGCAGUGAAUAUGUCUUAUUCUACUUUAAAAAAAGCUUUACAGUUAUUUGAGGAACAACCGCCUUUAAAUCAAAAAUCAACUCAAAAAAGACCUGCCAAAAAAUCUUCUAGUCGCUUAAAUAAAUCUAAAAGUAAAUCACAACGUAAUAAAAGCGUAUUUAAAGUACCAAAUUUUAUAAAAUCUGAUGCUGGAAAAUCUGUUCUUAAAAUAAAAGAACAAAUUAAAAAUGAAAAGGAAUUGAAUUUGGUGCAGUUAAAUUUAGAAAGAUUGCAUAAAUUAGAUAAGACUAGUUGUGUAAAUAAUAUUGCAUCUAACUUGAUCAAGGAGCGUCUAGUUAAUUUGCCAUCUGAAAUAUCAAAUUCCAAAAAAGAAGAAAGUACUGUAUUUACUGAUGAAGAUUUUGAAAAAUUUGAACGUGAAUAUUUUCAAAACUAAUGGAUGAUUUAAUCUUAGGAAAAGU